UUCUCAUAAAACGUUUGUAACGAUGAACGACUUACCGAACGAGCUUCUCAUAUCAAUUUUCGAAUACCUCAAAGUCAAAGACCUAAUACAAUGCAGUUUGGUAUGCAAGCGUUUCAAGUUACUCUGUCAAGCCGUUAAAACACCUGAGCUGAUCAUUAGUAGCACAAACGAUAAUGUCAAGGGCUACUGGUUCUACACAAAAAAACAAUUCAACCUUCAGGAUGCUAUCAACGUGACAACAUUCAAUUCUUAUCGGUCGAGAUUAAGAUUGGAUAAGUUUAGACGACUUUACUUCGAGGGUUCCCAGUCAGAAUACGCUCAGCUGAAAGUGAAUGAUUUAACGCAGCUCGAACAAGUGAAAAUUAAUGUUAAAAUUGGUGGUAUUAAGCAUGAAACUCAGAUCAAUCUACCAAAUGUGAAAAUGGUCGAAUUUGACACUGCCAGUCACAAAUUCUUUAUUACGACACCUAAAUUGGAAAUGUUAAGGUGCAAUGACUUUGAUGAAAUUCAUCUCACUCAUCCCAAUUCCAUUAAACACCUAGAGACGAAUCACUACAGCGAAAGUUUACCCUUGCUGCAAAAUUUACAGUUCCUCCUAGUUGAACAUCUCGGUGAAUUCGAUUGGUCAAAUACUUUGUCAGAUUUACCGAAACUGACAUCAUUAUUAUGCAACGGAAGCUGCGGCUAUAUUCCUAGAGCAAUUAAAAGUUUGGUCGAACACAAACUCGGCCAUCAGCGGUCUGAGCCGAAAAUUUACUUUCUAUCAGUUGAAUUGGAUGAGUUGAAGAAAAUCGAUGAAUAUACCAGCAACAACAACGAUUUUCUUUUCCAAAUCAACAAUUACAAUUCACUAACUGAAACUGUUUUUAAUACCCGUUUGACUAACCCACACCAAAUUGAUUACAAUACACUGGUGGAUUCGAUGAAAGACAAAGUACCUGACGAUUUUUUCAAGAAAUAUUUCAGUACUCGAAGCAUUUGUGUAAACGGAAAAGUGGAGAAUCAAGAGCAUCUGUUCGAGUUUCUGAAGAAUUUUGACUAUUUGACCGAACUACAAUUGUACAACGCCUCAUUGGAUCAAUCCUUUUACAGUCGACUAGGUGAGUUGGACCAAUUAACAUGGUUAACCGUGGCAACCAAUUCACAGUCGCCUCUCGCCACUUCAGUAUCGAUUUUCAACUUCGAUUGUCUGUUAAUGUUGAAGCGCCUAACGCAUUUUUAUAUAAGCUUUGACUCUAUAAAUUAUUUCGAUUUGACGCUUGAAUUAUUCACACAUUUGAAGUAUUUCGAGUCCGGUAGUUUUAAUUUUAAAGAAAGUAAAGUAUUUAUCUCGAAAAAUAUGGAAUUUAACAAUUACAAGUUGAGGUAUGACGGUCACGAAAAGUGUCGACUUGAUUUCAACGGACUAAUUCGUGAAGUGGAGGCGAUCAAAAAUCGACAUAUUAAUCAAGAUUGAACACGUUACACAUUCGUCGUUCCGAUCUGAAAGAACAGGUUAAGACAAUCACGAAGUCUAAAUUUAAACGGUUCAGUAGAUUUUCUCCAUAAUUUUUUUUUUAAACAUUCUCUACUACGUCGGUUGAGUCGGCAAAACACUAAAAUGUGCUGCCCAAUGAUUAACUCAGAGGUGAUUUAACCUGUUCUUUCCGAACCAAAUAGUAUCGUUGAAUUGUUCUGAACUUUUUUUUUCCCUAAUUUGAAAAUACUUUUAUUUGAUCACUUUAAAUUUUUGGUUGUGACAAAGCAAAAAAGUUAGUCAAAUAUGUAACGUUAAUGAAUUACUGCUUUGUAUGAUAUUGAAUAGCUAACAAGUACAUGAAUUAUAUGA